AUGAAUACCACUACAACUGUCAUUCGGGACCCGCUUUACCUAGCAAUCAUCAAGAAUGUGAUCACUGUUGUCAUCUCCCUUUUGAUCAUCUACAUUAAUGCUACUCUGGUUCACACAUUCAGAAAACAUCAGGUUUUCAACACAAACUCUCGUUACAUCCUGUACAUCCACCUGGUAAUCAAUGAUAUCAUCAUGCUGGCAUUGAUGAUUCUUCUUCAAGUCCUGAGUUACAUCUUGUUCACACUCAAUGUCUCAGUUUGCAUGAUUAUGCUACUGAUUGCCAUAUCUUCAAAUCUAAACAACCCCUUAACACUUGCGGCCAUGGCUUUAGAGUGUUAUCUGGCCAUAUGCUUCCCUCUACGCCACCCUCAGAUCUGUACAGUCAGGAAAACCUACAUUGUGAUCACUGUGAUAUGGUUCCUCAGUUUACUGACAGUCCUACCAGAUCUCUUCAUAGUUAUUGCCACAAGACCUUCAGAGUACUUUCAGUCCAGGAUUUUCUGUAUGUGGACUAACAUUUUUACAAGUCCAAUCCUUGCAAAAAAGAAAGAUGUAUCCAACAUUUUGUUUCUAGUUAUUGUUUGGUUCAUUCUUUUCUAUACAUACUUCAGGAUUCUUUUCACUGCACAGGCUGCUUCAGCAAAUGCAAAGAAAGCAAGGAACACUGUCCUACUUCAUGGCUUCCAGCUGCUGCUGUGCAUGUUAAGCUAUGUUCAUAGUUUAGUAAUAGAGGCCCUGUCAAGGUUGUUUCCAAAUGAUAUUCUGGCCAUUCGAUAUGUAAUUUCACUACUGAUUCAGGUCAUGCCUAGGCUCAUCAGUCCGAUGGUAUAUGGCAUAAGGGACAAGAUGUUCAGAGAGUACUUGAAACGAUACCUGUUAACUACAAAUUCAAAUAUUCAUCCAGAAAAGAUACAAAAAAGGCCAAUAUAAGUAUGUUUCAAUUUCAAAAAUCCGUUUUCAAGGCCCAGGGGCCAUACUUUA